AUGGGCCACGUCCGCACCUUCGACCGCCUCCACCACGACUUCUCCGGCUCCUGCCUCUACCUCCUGGCCGGACUCUGCCCCGGUACUCAGGGCCCGGAGCCCUUCCGCGUCCUGGUGCGGGGUGGCCUGGGUGGCAUCACCGGUGCCGAGGUCCUGGUACGCCGCACGCGCGUGGAGCUGGAGCCCGGGCGGGUCACGGUGAAUGGAGUGCCGACCCUCCUGCCCCACACAGCCAAGGCCUCGGCGGUGACCCUGGAGCCCCGGGGCUGGGAGGUGGAGGUGCGGACCCCCCGGGGGCUGCGGGUGGCCUUCGACGGGCACCACGGGCGGGUGAGCAUCCGCGUGCCGGGCGCCUACAGCGGCCACCUCUGCGGGCUCUGCGGGGACUUCGACGGGGACCCCCGCAACGACCUGGCGCCGGCAGGGGGGUGGCGGGUGGGGGACACGUCGGGGUGCGGGGACGCGGCGGGGUGCGGGGAGGUCGGGGGGAAGGGGCAAGAAGAGGUGGGGAGGGAGUGCGGGGUGCUGCUGAACAAGGAGGGGCCCUUCCGGCUGUGCCACGAGGCCGUUCACCCCGAAACCUACUUUCGGGACUGCAUCGCCGACCGGUGUCACCGCGAGGGGGUCUGCCGCGUCCUCGCCGCCUACGUGGCGGCCUGCCAGGAGGCCGGGAGGAAGGUCCUGGAGUGGCGUUCCAAGGGGUUCUGCUCCCCCCAGUGCCCCGCGGGCACCCGCUACGCCAUCUGCGCCCCCGGCUGCACCCCGGGGUGCCGUGAAGGCUGCGUGGCCCCUGACGACUCCCACGGGGGCACCCAGAGGUGCUCGGCGGAGCCGGCGGCAACACCGGCCACCGUGGGCACCCCGGGGACCUGCCGGGCCGUGGGGACCCAACACUACUUGAGCUUCGACGGGGUGGCCAUGGCCGUGGCAGACAACUGCUCCUACGUGGUGGCCCGGAGCUGCGGCCCCCCCGGCGCCCACCCUGCCUUCGACGUGACCGUCACCGACCCACCCCGGGGUGGCCCCGGCCCCCGCAGCGUCGCCGUCACCGUGCACCAGCACCGCUUCGUGCUACGGGGUGGGCACCCCGGCGUGGUGGAGGUGGACGGCUCCAAGGUGUCGCUGCCCUUCUGCCUGCGAGGCCAGGCCGUGUGCCUGGCACCCCGGGGUGCCACCACCCUGCUGGUGGCCGACUUCGGCCUCCGCGUCACCGCCGGCCCCGGGGCGGCGGUGGCCGUCACCGUGUCCCCGAGCUUCCGCAACGUCACCUGCGGCCUCUGCGGCAACUUCGACGGCCACCCCUACAACGACCACCUCCACCAGGCCACCACGGCCACGUGUCACCGUCCCUGCCCCGGACCCACCUGUCCCCCGUGCCGCCAGCCCCCCAAAAAAGCCUUCGUCCACACCGAGCUCUGCGGCGUCCUGCGGGACCCCCAAGGUCCCUUCGGGGGCUGUCACGCCGCGGUCCACCCCAGGGUCUUCUUCGACGUCUGCCUCUGGGAGCUCUGCGAAGCCCCCGGGGACAAGGAGGUCCUCAGCGAGGUCCUGGGCGCUUACGAGGCCGCCUGCCGCCAGGCCAAGGUCCGCGUGGGACCCUGGCGCGUCCCCAGCGUCUGCCAUGAUGGAUGGGUGGUCAAACUAUUGAUGAUGGAUGGAGAAACCAUUGAUGAUGGAUUGAGGGAUGGAGCAACUAUCGAUGAGGGAUGGAAGGAUGGAGAAACCAUUGAUGAUUGA